AACCAAUGCAGCAUUUCAGACCAGACCAUCAGAAAGGGAAAUCCAUUAUUUUUAGAGAAGCAAGCUCUCUUUAAAAACUUCUAAUUAGGCAAUAUGAGUCUCCCCUCCCAGGAAGGUUUAAAGGAUAUUCUCCAACAACUUGAAUGCCAUUUUACAUGGGGGUUGCAAAAAGAGCAUAUUGCUCCGGACGAAUUGGAGGACAGAAUUGCUGAGCAGAUCCAGUUCUUAAUCAAUAAAUCCAAAGUUCGAAAUUAUAACCUUCUUGCCUAUGUGAAAUUCCUGAACAACAAGACGGACGAAGCCCUGGAAAACUUGCAGAAAGCUGAAGAGACUGUGCCCGUAGAAUACCCUGAGGGUGUUGAGAAGGGAAGCCUGGUUACCUGGGGCAACUAUGCCUGGGUACACUACCACAUGGGCAAUCUGACGGAAUCCCAAGGCUACGUGGAGAAGGUAGAAAGCACCUGCAAGCAACUUGGAAGUGAGUCUCCUUAUAAGGUGGAGCUCCCACAGAUUGAGUGUGAAAAGGGUUGGGCUCUCCUCAAAUUUGGAGCUAUGUAUUAUGAAAAAGCCAAGGAGAGCUUUGAAAAAGCCCUGGAAAAAGAACCCGAAAAUCCAGAAUUUAACUUGGGCUAUGCAAUCACAGUAUACCGCUUGGAAGAUAUUUUUGCCAAAAACCCUUCAGGGAAAAAAUCAUCCCUGGAACUUUUGGAACGUGCAUUAAAACUGAAUCCUGAUGAUGUUUUUGUUGUUCCUCUACUUGCACUAAAGCUUCAAGAAUCAGACAAAAAGGAAGAAGGAGAAAAGUGGAUUAAAGAAGCCCUUCAAAAGCAUCCAGGCGUUCCUUAUGUAUUAAGGUACGCUGCCAAAUUUUACAGGAAGAAAGGCGACCUAGAGACAUCAUUGCAACAUUUGGAGAAAGCAUUGAGCUUGACCCCAAACGCUGGAUUCUUGUACCAUUAAAUUGGCCUUUGCUAUAGGGCACAGUAUUUAGUGAUGAAAAAUGAAAGCCGAUAUAACAAGUGCCAAGUCAAGGAUAAAAUGGAGGAAUUGAUCAGACUUUGCAUUUUUCAUUUUGAAAAAGUGGUGGCGCGUAAACCUAAGUUUUUCUAUGCUAAUAUUGACCUUGCGAAGAUGUAUGCAGAACAAGGAAGGAUACAGAAAGCGGAUGAAAUGUACCAGAAGCUCUUUACCAUGAGCAACCUAACUCCCUUAGAGAAGCAACAGGCCCAUUUUAAUUAUGCAUGUUUUCAAAAAUUUAACAGAGGGUCGCUAUCAGAAGCCAUCAAACACUACAUUGCAGCACUGAAGAUUGAGUUUGAGUCUUCAGAGAGAGAUAAAUGCAAGGGCAUAUUGGAGAAAUUGAUGGAGAAUAAGAUCAGGAAAGGUGCUGAAGAUUUCGCCAUCCUUGGAUUUAUUCAUCAGCUCAAUGGAAAAAAGCAACAAGCAUUGAAAGCCUAUGAAGAAGCCUUGAACAUUGAUCCUGGGAAUGAAGAAUAUCUCAGUGCGAUUUUGAAGUUGAAGCUUUCUUUGUAAAACAACAUAUACAGAAGUGGGCUUUUUUCCAUGAAUACUGGUUUUAAAAAUGCAUGAACAUAUGCUGCCAGUCUGCUUCCUCCAUUUGGCAGAAUAUAGAAUAGGAUAGGAUAAGGAUAGAGUAGCGUAGCGUAGCUUAGCGUAGCUUAGCGUAGCUUAGAAUAGAAUAGAAUAGAAUAGAAUAGAAUAGAAUAGAAUAGAAUAGAAUAGAAUAGAAUAGAAAAUUGUACACCAUUCUGGACUAAUAGUUGUUCAAUCUCUUCUUAAAAACCUCGAGUGUUGGACACCCACAACUUCUGAAAGCAAGCCUUUUCAUUGUCAGAAUUUUUUUUCUUAAUUCUAGGUAGGAUCUCUCUUUGAUGAGUUUUUAUCCAUUACUUCUUCUCUUGAGCGCAAGUGCCUUGGAGAAUAGGUUGUCUUCCGCAUCUUUGUGACAGCCUCUCAAAUAUUGGAGGACUGCUAUCAUACCACCGCUCAUCCUUCUCUUUGUUAAACCAGACAUACCUGGUUCCUGCAACUGUUCAUCAUAUGUUUCAGCCCCCCAAAUAUCUUUGUUGUUCUUUUCUGCACUCUUUCUGAAGUCUCAAAAAAAAAUUGUAUUGUGGUGAUGAAAAUUGAUGUUAUCAAUAGUAUAAAGUAUCAGCCAAGCUGUCAAAAAUGGAUAAAGGAAUAUCAAACCAGAGUUGGGGAUGUGAAAAGGAAAAAGGGACCUUGUAAUCAUGCACGGUGGAGUUGUAACAAAGCAAGGAAAUUUUGGGCACAAAUCUAUAUAAUGAUGCAAAAGUUAUUGUGAACUAAUAUUAUGCUGAAAAUAGCAUUGUUUUGGUUGGAUUUUAUGUACAUUGAACUAGAAAAAAACACAGGAAAUUAAUAUUUGAUUAAAGUAUGAACAAAGAUAGAAUAAUCAAAUGCCCCCUUCUCCCAUAGAAAGUUGGAUUAUAAAAUUGAGAGAACAUGCAGAAAUGGCAAAGCUGACCAAAAUGCAGUAAUGGUUUUCAAGAAAGAAAGAAAGAAAGAGAGAGAGGGAGAGAGAGAGAGAGAGAAUGAAUAAAUGAA